UAGUCAUGUCGGAUUAGGUGGCUUUACCUUUUCCGUUUAUGAGAUAAAAAAACAAAACAUGUCUGUGUCUGAGGACAGCGUAUCGUGUCCGAUUGAAAACAGUGUCACUGUGCAUUUAGAAACAGUGCAAAACAGUACUAAUGUCCAUAGUUGUGAUGUUGAAGAAGAAACCCAGACUGACACAGAGCUCCUUAAAGGUAUGCUUACUGACACUUUCUGUCAGGUGUGUGAGGCGGUUUUGAUGUUUGAGUCUCAGAAAGUCUCUCACUAUGAGGGUAAAAAGCACGCUCAGCGGGUUCGAAUCUACCUGCAAAGCAAAAAAGCUGAAAGAAACAAGCAGAGCCAUGAGAGUGACGGCUCGCAGGUCACCUUUAACAGUGUUGGUGCCGAUCCUGAGAGGUUCUGCCAGCUGUGCAACAUGGUGUUUACCUCUCCUGUGGUCGCCAAAUCUCACUACAGGGGAAAAGUCCAUGCCAAGAACAUGAGGAAGUCUAGCGCCACGUCUUCAGUAGACGCCAGGGCCACAGUGAGUCCUUCUGUGACAGCCGUUGAGGACACAGCGGAGGCAGGCACGCAGGACGAUGUCGCUCAGGACAGGAAGGAAAGCACCACUUCUGCUGCCCAGGGGGUCGACCUGAGUGACCCAGACAAGUACUGCAAGUUGUGCACGGCUUCAUUUAACAACCCGACGAUGGCCGCCGAACACUACAGUGGUCGUAAGCACCAGCGCAACCUGGCCCGGCAGGCGCCGCAGAGUCAGCUGGAGGAGGAGAAUGAGCACGUAAACUCCCUCACGUGUCCACUCUGCCAUGUGACGCUCAGCUCCAUAGACGCAUAUCAGGCUCACAUGAAAGGCAAUAAACACCAAAUAAAAGAAAAGACGACGGAAGAAGAUGCAAGCAAAAAGAAAGUGUACGACUCGUUCCAGGACGAACUGGCCGACUACAUCCAGGCGCAGAGGGCUCGGGGACUGGAGCCCAAAACGGGGCAGGGAUCUGAGAUGCGGGGACAGAGGAAAGCAGAGCAUGAAGAAGACGAGAUCGCAGAGCGUUGUGACCAACCUCAGAUUCUCUCCCUCCAACCCCGUCUUCCAGCUCCUGCAUUCCGACCGCCGCCUUGGCGCCCGCCGGUUCAUCCUCACCCCAAUUCCGCCCCUUUCAGAGGGAGAUUCCCGGCGCCAAACCAGUGGGAUCAGGGUUACUCUCCCUACCCCCCUCCACUCAUCCCUGGGCUGACAGGAAGAGCUUUACGUAGAGGGAGGAGCCCUGAAUCUUUUAGCUCCUCGUUCUCCGACUCGUCGUCUUCGUAUAGCAGCAGCAGCAGCGAGGACAGCAAAGACAAAAGGAAACGGAGGAAAAGGAGACGAGUAGGAAUAAAAAGAAGAGGAGAAGAAAGCGACGAUUCAGAAGAGGAUGCGCAAAAAAAGAGGAAAGAGAGGAGAAGGAGAGACGAUGGCAGCACGAAGAAACCAAAAAGACGGAGAGAAAGCUCCGAUGAAGAGCAUGGAAAGAGACGGAAAGAAAAGAAGCAAAAAGGAAAGGAUGGCAAGAAAAGACGGAAAGGGGAGGACAAUGGAGAGUGGAACAGAGUGCCUCAGGUAGCGAUGACGAAAGGUGAGGGAGAAGGAGAAGUACAAAGCGAAGGAAUUAAAGAGGAGAAGUCGAAGCACAAGAAAGAGAAGAAAGUGAAGGGCAGAGAGGACAACAGGACAGAGGAAGAAAAGCUCUGGGAUGAAACUAUCCUGGGGGUAUUUUGCUAGACAGUUAUUAUGACAUUAAAGUGACAUAUUUAUCCUCAUUCACUUUUUCUACACCACAGACUUCUACAGUACCUAACACGCCGAACAGCUUCCUGCCUUUUUCAGCCUUUUAAUAGUGUAUUGGAUCAGGGUUAUGCGAUGGAACUCCAUUAAUCUGCUGCUAAUUUAUUAUUUUUUUGCACAACAGGGUUAAUCCAGGCAUGAUGAAAUUUUAGACCGUGCAAUGUGUCUCUUCAAAACACUAGGAUGAAAUAAAUAUCAUGUACUCUU